AGAACUUCAGACCGCUCAGGCAGCGCCGCGGACAUCCCUGUGAGUGAAUCCUGGCGGGUAUCUCGCUUUGUGAGUUUGGCGUGCGCUGCAGUAUCUGACGUUGAGGAAUUAAAAAAGAGAAGAGGCGGUUUUUCAGAAUGACGAAGAAAAGAAAAAGACAAGAUGACUUUCAGAAGGUUAAACUCAGGGUUGGCAAGAGGAAGGCUAAACCAGACAACACAACUAACGUAAAUUUCAGGACAAAAGCCAUUCACAUUACUGAGCAGUUAAAGACUGAUCAGUCUUUGCCUGCUACUCACAGGAAGCUGAAUAUCAAGGACCUCCUGAGUCAGAUGCAUCACUACAGUGCUGGAGUGAAGCAGAGUGCACUAUCUGGUCUAAAAGAGCUCCUCACCCAGCAUUCUUUUGUGCUGCAGACUCAUCUUUCCAGCAUUCUAAGUGAAGUAACAGCAGUCUUCACAGACAAAGACCCUCCUGUCCGCUCAGCUGCAAUCCGUCUACUGCAGUCUUUGGCUGUUCGUAUCCCUCCAAAGCAUAUUGCCCCUUUCUUCCCACUUGUGAGUGCUCACCUUUCUAGUGCAAUGACUCACAUCACAGAAGCUAUCCAGGAGGAUGCCUUAAAUGUUCUGGACAUCUUGCUUGAACAUUACCCAGAACUUCUUACCAGCUGUAGCAGUGUCCUGCUAAAAAACUUUGUGGAGUUAAUUUCUCACCAGAGAUACUCUAAGACUUUAAAAACCCCUGGAUGGAUACUUUCUGUGAACCCAGAUCGUAAAUACAGCUCCCAGAAGUGGCGUUUGAGUGUUCUGACUAGACUUUGUAAGUUUCUGCAAGCUCUAGUGGACCAGCAGCCUACAGCUGGGCAAAACUGUAGAGCACAAGCAGAUACUCUUGAGAUUGAUGAAAGAAAGUCAAGUGCCUCACAGAUUUCUCCAUUAGACAUCACCUGGGAAGAGCACAGUUUUGGAACAGAAGGGAUUCAGCUAUUUGAAAACUCUGGUUCCCAACCCAAUGUGAAAUCAUGCUUCCAGCUCAGAACUUCACUAGGACUGGUUACUGUUGCUGAAGAAGGGUUGACCUCUGCAGAGAGUCUGAAGAGUUUUAUCCAGACUCUAAUUCCAAUCCUUUUUGAGUGCUGGAUAGAAGCAUGUCCUGAAGAUCGAACUGGCACAACACCUGGCAAUCUCCUAGAACCUGAUUGCAUUUUGCUUCUUUACCAUGUUCUCAGCAUUAUUUGUCUUCUUCGGCAACUGGCAACAACACAGAACCUGUUUCCAAAUAUGGCAAGUGCCCAUGAUGAUUUUGACUUUGAAAGUUGGUUCCGAGGAAAUUAUCUGAACGAUUUCAAGAAUCGUUUCAUGAAGUAUUUUCCAUACUCUGAGGUUGAAAUCGCUAAACACAGAAAUAAGGGUGUCAAAAGGGAUAAAUCAGCUUCUGGCUCUCUGGCUGGUGUGGAUACCCUAAGUUUGAACCUAAUGGUUUGCAGAGUAAUGGUGCCAAUGACGAAUUCUGCUUUGGUGCAGCAGGACUCUGUGUGGCUUUCACCAAUUCGUAUGUUUGUGACACAGAAUCUGUCAUGUGAUAGCAAACUAAAUACGAAAGAGCUGACUGGGUUGUUACAAGUAGUCUGGAGGCUUGCUGUCACUCAGAGGAACAAAGCUGUUACAGAGGAGCUGUUACGUGCAGUUCAACUUCAGUACCAGCAGAGAAGCCUGAUCAUGCCUAUUCGUAUCCUUCUGCUUCGUUUCUUUAGAGCUUUGUAUCUCCUAGAGAAGGAGGCUAAUCCACAAAUUGCCAAGAGCAAGGUGCUUUCUCGGUGGUUGGCAAAGCUGCCCUUGCAAUUGGCCCAACUAGGACCACGAAAUGCACAGUUGUCAGCCCACCUAAUUGAAAUCAUCCAUGCAGCUGCUUCACGAGCUAACAAGGAACUUCUGCAAGGUCUGCAGGCACAGAUCUGUCAUUUGUAUGAUCCAGAUGAUGGUGCUUUUGUACUCCUUCCUCAUGAAUGCCAGCAAAAACUUGUCCAGUUGCUGUACUUUCUACCAUCUCUCCCCUGUGAACUUCUAUCUUGUUUGAGCCACUGCUGCAAUGGAGGUAGAUUCUUGGCUAGUCUUGCAGCAUCACUCAUCAGGAUUGUACAUAUCAGGUCCUCUUUUGUGGCAUGGGUGAACUAUAAUCAAGAAGUGGCAGUGUCAGAUGCAGAUUAUUUCAGCUUUCUGUUUUCCUGCUUGACAGGUUUUGCUGCUGAAGACCUAAACAUGCUGCAAAGAAGCAGUGACGUUUACCAGACACAGCUCUCACCCAUUUUCCUCUACCUGACUGAUGUGGAGAAAUUCAUGCACCACUGGGAUGUGGCUGAGGAAGUAUGUCUUUGUUUAGCUACAAUUUCUUCUCGGACUCAGUGCUUAGAUAUUCUUCAGAAUGCUAUCUGCAAAAACCUGGCUAACCUCCAGGUUAUCCCCGACAGCACGGCAGCUGCAGUUUUGCAUGCUGUGUCUAAGCUGCUAGAUCUGGCCUACAUUCCCAGUGAGGUCUUGCUUCGAUUUUUGGCCAACUGUUGCUGCAGUGUUCUGCUGUUGAUGCUUGAAGAGAGUGACAGUGAAGAACAAGGACAAAAGAGGGAGGCAAUGUGGGGUGCCUGCCUUGAGGCUCUGAGUAGCAUUCCUCGUGUGCUGCGCCUCAUGCUACAAAGCCUGAGAGUAACAGAAGCCUGCCAGGAAGUGAUCCCAGUUGUCGCACGUAUGAUACGUCUACUCCUGCAGCAUACACAGCUCCGAAACCACAUGUUGGCUAACUCAGCACUACUGCAACAGAUUAUCCAGGAGAUCAUGAGGUGCAGGAGUGGGGACAGUCGAGAGCAGUGGUUCGCUGAGCUGCAGUACUGUUUCAGUGUGUUCAUAUCUGGGCAGUCACGUGGAACAUCUGCCACCCAAGAAAUGUACUGAAGCAACACUGGAUGAUGCCUUUGGUUUGUGAGGUUUAGGUUUUACCCCAGCCUUAAAUUUUACCUUUGUUAGUCUUUGUCAUUGAAACUACAAUCAAUAAAAUUACAUGUAUGAUUUCAAAUAAAA